GUAUUUGUUUACAAUUGGUUAAAAGGGCGGCAUAUGAUUAAAUUUGAUUGUUUUCUAUUUAUUUCAAGGCAAGGUUAAAUAUUUUCAGUACCAAAAGAAAAUACAAUGAAUAUAUCAUCGCCGGUCAAUAGAAUUUUGCAUUCUAACAGCUCUUCAAUUUUGGAAAGAAGUAUAGUCAUAAGUAAAACCAAGCGUUCAGUCAAAGAAGACUUCUUAUGGUUUACUAUUAACAUUGUUUUUCUGUCUGCUAUUUUAUAUGAUUUUUUGUCUUUUGGGGGGUGCAGAUCAACCUUAAUGCAAAAGCAACGGAGUUGGGACCUCCCAUCACCGAUCCUCGCGGCAGGAUACGAACUGACUGGGCACACAGCAUGCUAUAGGUAUUCAAAUUACAUCUACUUUGCAGAAUGCUUGUUGGCAACAGUUUUGAGUUUAAAUUUAUUUUAUUAUUUUAUAAAAAUGUUAAGAACUUCCCUGCCUUUCUGUGAACCUCUCAUAAUCAAUGAAGAACAGAAGAAACUCCUAGGUGUUAAAGACUCAGAUCCCCAUUACAGAGUAGUAAAAACACCAAAUAAGGGUUCCACUCCUCAAGAUAGUAACACAUCAACACCCCUCAAUAUCACCUUUAAGAAAUCAAGUAUAUCUCAAUUUGAGCCUGAUAGUUUAAACUAUUCUACGUCCUCUCCUUCUUGGAUUUAUUUUAAAGGAACACCAGACCGAAGCUCUAGUCAUUUCUCAUCUACGUCUUCUCCUAUUUUUCAGGCAUCCGUAAAUAAAUCUUCUUUCCGUGAUAUUUCUCCGGUAGAAUUUAUCAGUGAUGAAGAUGCCCUAAGAAAAUAUUUGAAAGAGCAUAAGGAAAUCGAAAAAGUUAAUAAACUCUCCUGCAAAAAACAGAAUUCUUCAAAUUUAUUGAGUUCCUUUUGGAGCCAUCCUGUAACACAAACAGCUAAAGACGUAUCAGAAUAUCUUAGAAAGUGUCAAUACCAACUUUCUUCACAAAUCAUUGGGAAAACACCAAGCAGUCCCAAUUUAAAAGGUGACGAUAAGUCUGCGAGUCCAGCUCAAACUUCAGCACUGGAAGUAUGGACAAGAAUAAAUGUUGACAGCGUAGCUUUAACCCAGUGGAACGAAAAUCUAAGAAUGUGGAUAUCUCAAACUAUUUUGGAACGUUUAGUAGCAGAAUUUGACAGGAUCAAUGCUUCCUUGGAUAAACAUGGUUUGUCAGAUGUAAAAGUUGGUACAGUAGGACUCGAUAGAUUAAGAAAGACAGCUCACACAGCUCUAGUGUCCCAAUUCAUUCCUUCUUUACCUGCUUUGCUACCGUUUCUGGAGGUUACAACCAACCAAGAAUACUUGGAAAUGAGGAUCAGAGACCUGGCCAAAGGUGGGUGCAUGAGUGAGUUUAAGUGGAAUGGUGGCGGUAAAUAUAAUGGAAAAGAGUGGGACGAAUCACUACCAACGGAUUGUGCAGUUGUAAUGCAUCUUCUGGCUUCGUAUUUGGACACUCAAUUAAUACCAUUACCUAACAUGCCUGAUACUAAAGCAUUCAGUGGUAAUCAUUUUAUUAGAGUUGCUGAUAAAGCCCCAACUUUGACGUCAAAUAGUUUUUAUAUACAAGAAGUUUCAGAGAAACCACCACAUUAUAGAGUUAUUGUAGGACAUCAAAUAUAUGAAAUGGUAAAAGGUUAUAACAAUUUAUUCCACAGUAUAUUAUUUUUCAUAUAUCAAGUUAAUAAAAUUGAGCAUGGAAUGUUAGGAAGAAUUAAUCUUGGACGGGCAGGAGUAAACAUUCUUUGGGUUAUUGACCAGUGAAGCAAAACUUAGUAUUAUAAAUAUUGUAAUUUAAUUCAUUGUUUUUGUACAAGGUAUUUAUGUAAAUAUCCAAAAUGCAGUAUUUAAAAUUUAUCAAAAUGUUUUCGGUCUUUUCAGAUCAUCAUGUCUUGAUCAAAACAUGCGUGCGUCCACAUCAUGUAUAGCAGCAAAAAUCUUGAAUGUUCCAUUUUAAUUCUUAAAUUAAACUUAAAAUUGUUGUUACGCCAAUAAUGUUAAGUGUAAUUUAAUAAUAAAAAAUUUAACGUUUUAUCGUAUACAUUUUGUGGCUGUACACAUGUUUUAUCAAUAUUCACUCAUGAUGAUGGUCUGAUAGGACCGAAAACUUUUUAAAUAAUCCAUUUUGGAUAUUUUUAUACACUCAUGUACAAAAAUAUCGAAAAUUUUGGAAUUUUCUAAUUUUUGUUUUUUCAAAAUAAAUUCUGGUCAAUCAAGUCAUUUAUUGUGAAAAAUAGUUUAUUUUAACAAUAUUUAAUGAAUUUUUAUGGGGAGAAAAUUGCGAAAACAAUAAUGCCUAGUACUAGGUAAAUAAGGUUAUUUUACUCUAAACUUAAACGCUAAUUUAAAUUGCUUAAUAAAGUCUGCUUGCAUGCUUCUCGGCAUGCUUGCAAGUAAAGGACAUAUCCUUGGAAAUUGCAUUCCAUUCAUCAUGUGCAUCAAGCCGAAGCUGCUCUAUCGUAUUUGGAACGUGAUUACUUUGUCGUAUGCGGCGGAUUAGCUUUUCCCACAUGUACUCUAUUGGAUUUAAAUCCGUGCUAAACGGUGGCCAAUCCAAUCUUCGAAUUUGAACCUGAUCAAGAUAAUUACUAUGGCAGCGGCAUAUUGUCGAGCAUUAUCGUGUAUUAACAUAAAUCUGUCAGAUCCAAUGUAACCAACAUUAUGGCAAAACCUUACCUUGCAGAAUGCUUUAAACGUAAGAAUCAUCAGUCAUCCAACAAUCACUUCCACAAGUGCAAUGCGUACCUCCCAACUAAUACCUUCUCAAAGCAUUAUACCACCACCUCCAAAAUUAACGGUCUAGGCGAGAUUGCAGGUGGUGAAUCGUUCUCCAACUCUUCUGUAGACGUGGUUUCGACCAUCUAGCUUCCAUAAUAGGAUUCUGGCCUUAUUAGUAAAAAAGAACAUUUUUCGAGUUGUCGAUAUUCCACUAAAUGUGUUCUUGCACAUUCUAAACGACGAGCUUUAUGAUUUUGGAAAAGACAUGGAAGUUUGACAGGGCGUCUGGGCUUUAAGUUUGCUUCUUUCAUUCUUCAUCUAAUUGUUUCUGAACUUACAUUAACUUGUCUAACAUUUAGUAACUCAUUUAUGAGGUGCACCGAUGACAAUAAGCGAUUUCGUGUAGAAUUAAGAACCAAAAACAGUCAUCAAAUUGCGGUUGUGCACCUGGGGCGUCCUUGACCAGGCUUUCGUACAAAAUUUCCUGUUUCACGAUACCUUUUUAAAGUAUUCGAAACUGUAGAUUGAUUUCUUCUGAGAAGUUGUCCGAUAUCUUUUUGUGUAGAUCCUUCCUCAUACAAAAUUACAAUCUGUGAGACUUGGGCUUCAUCGCAGAAACUCAAAAUAACCGAAUUAGUUUGAUUUUUUCGUUACGUGAAAAAGGUUUUUUAUGAUAAAAUGUACGAAUGACAUUAAUCGAUGAAUAAACGUCAAAAUAUUUCAAACCAGUUGAAUACAUCAGCCUACUAUACGAGUAUCAUCAGUAAUCUAAAACUAUUUUGAAAUAAUAGUUACUACAAAAAAAUUGGAAAAUUCCAAAAUAUUCGAUAUUUUUGUCCAUGAGUGUGUGUAAAUAUACCUUUUACCUGAGUGACGUUUAUGUGUAAUUUACUAAACCUUUGUAAACAGUAUGAUCUGGUAAAUAAAUCGUUUUACAAU